ACUUUCUAAACAUCACUAACAUUCACAUCGGACUCGAAAUCGGAAUCCAAAUCCAAAUCGAAGUUGAAAUCAAAAGAGCAAGAGAAAGAAGAUGGGUACAGCAACCUUUAUUGACAUAAUUCUCGCAAUCAUCCUUCCUCCCCUUGGUGUGUUCUUCAAGUUCGGGUGUCAGGUGGAGUUUUGGAUAUGUGUGUUGUUGACUUUGUUUGGAUGGAUCCCUGGGAUUAUUUAUGCAAUUUAUGCCAUCACCAAGUGAUUUUUAUGGUUGUUGGCAUCGGAUCGGUUCUUAUCAGAUAGAACACCCAUAUUCUUGUCUCACUUGUUGUUUUCCUUUUGAUUUUUUUAGUUUCUAAUUGAUGUGUCGUAAUUUUUUUUUCUACAUUUGUUUUGGUUUCAGUAUCCGAUUUGGAUACAGUUGUGUGUUGUCCUUGAAUGUUGAUGUAAAUUAGAUCAAUACAUAUUAUUAUGUUACAUAUUAUCAA